AUGAUCCCUUACUUGCGAUCGCUUGGAGCUUCAUCGUUCAUUUCUCUUUACGGUUGUGCUCGACAACAAACUAGGCCGAACACCCGGACGUUCUCAACUUACCGAGCUGGCCGCGAUGGCCACAGUGCACGAGGCCAGAAGGUUUGUCACAAUUUUGCUACAAGGUUUGAUCGCGCCUUUCAUGCGUCUGCAUCGCUGGCUGCUCCUCCCAAGGACCCUUAUCAGGUUUUAGGUGUUAAGAAAGAUGCAUCUCCGGCGGAAAUCAAGAAAACGUACUUUGCUCUCGCCCGAAAAUAUCAUCCGGACACAAAUCCUGAUAAAGGAGCGCAGGAAAAGUUCGUGGAGAUACAAGAAGCAUACGACAUUUUGAAAGACGAGAAAAAGAAAGCUGCAUACGACCAAUAUGGUGCUGCGUCACAACAACCAGGCUUUGACCCUAAUGCCUUUGCUCGAAAUCCAUUUUCAGGAAGUGCAAGCGGGUUUGGUGGUUUUGGAGACUUCAGCGAGGCAUUUGGCGGAAGUUCAGGUCAAGGCGAUCUAUUCUCGCAGUUGUUUGGCGGUGCCUUCGGGGGUCGAGCUCGCUCCGGAUUCAGCCAAAGUACAAGAGGAGCGGACAUUGAGGCACGCAUCAACGUCUCGUUUUUGGAUGCCUGCAAAGGAACAACUCUAAGUGUAAAUGUCAACGCUUUGUCAACAUGUUCAACAUGUGCUGGUACAGGCCUGAGACAUGGUGCCAAGCGAGUACCUUGCGGGUCAUGCAACGGUACUGGUACAAAGACUUUUGUGAUAGAUAGUGGGUUCCAGAUGGCAAGUACUUGUGGAACAUGCCUUGGCUCUGGUUCUACCAUUCCCCGCGGAAGUCAAUGUGUAGAUUGCAGUGGUCAGGGUUAUGUGCGAACGAAGAAAAGUAUCAAGGUAGAUAUCCCACCAGGGGUGGAAGACGGAAUGACCAUCCGCAUCCCUAAUGCAGGUGAUGCGCCAUUAUCAGGCAAGGGCGGUCAUGGGGAUUUGCUCGUCAGGGUCAAUGUCGCUCCGUCCAAAGUUUUUCGUAGGCAAGGCGCAAACCUUCACCAUGAAGCGCGAAUACCUUUACAUACUGCACUCUUGGGUGGCCGUGUUCGUGUGCCGACACUUGACGGGAAUGUGGACGUUCGUGUACCCAAUGGUACUCAACAUGGCGAAGAGAUGGUCCUAAGAAGCCAUGGUGUCCCGUCAGUUUUCGGUGGUGACAAGGGGGAUCUUUUUAUUUCUUUCUCCGUGCAACUUCCAAGAUCUUUAACGAAACGACAACGGGAGAUUUUGGAGCAAUAUGCGGACGACGUUGAGGGUCGGAGUAACAGUCCAAGACAGGACUCAGCUCCGUCUGCCGGCGCCUCGGGUAGCGAUCAGACAAGCAAACGAGAUGCGAAGGAUACCAGUUCAAUGGGUGAUAACAAUGGUACGACUUCAUUUUCUCAUCCGUCACCGGCUUCCGUGGGUGGCUGGGUGUCUCGCACAUGGAAAAGGAUACGAGGGCUUACUGGGUCUUGAUUUAUCUAUAUUUUGGUCCGUCCUGGCGACGUUUCGUUAUCUACUACUUGUCGCUUCUCAAUUCAAUCAGCAGACGAACUGGACGCCGGGAAUCUGGCAAAAAGCAGUGAGCCAUCGGAGAACGCGGAGGAUGAGCACAGGAGGAGGGCUACGGCUUAGAGAAGAUCCAUAGAAGCAUAGUGAACUAUACACUUUAAUGGGAUAUUUUCCCUGCGACCACCAUACGAUGUUUGCGUGGAGCAAGCCCUGUGAAGAGAGCAACUUAGCGUUUGCCCUGAAACUGCAUGGAGGCCGUAACAUGUACCUAAUAGUAAUUCUGUCUAAACGUGUUUGUGG